AUGGCGGCAGCAACAUCUCUGCCCGUCCUUUUGGACUCUUUAACGCAAUCGCUUUCCUCUGUAUUCGAAGCAACAUCCAAGAUCUCAUCUGUCGAAGCUCCAAAAGAUGGCAUCUCCCUGCUCGACGUCAAGAAUGAGUUGCUGCUCUCCUACCUGCAGAACCUAGUCUUCCUCAUCCUUGUCAAAUUGCGCAAGUCAAAGCAGAACGACUCGAACGACGACAACAGCCGGGUCGACGACGGAGAAGUGGUCAAGAAGCUGGUCGAGCUACGUUUGUACCUAGAGAAGGGAGUGCGCCCUCUGGAAGAGAAGCUGCGUUAUCAGAUUGAAAAAGUAUUGCGCGCAGCCGAUGAUGCAGAGCGCAACGAAAAGGCUGCCCAAGCAGCGGCAGCUUCCGGUUCUGAGUCCGAGUCUAGCGAUGAUGACUCCGACGAGGACUCUGACGAAGAGGCUCAGAGCGGAGAAGACUCGGUGCCUACACCAAACAUCACUGGUCUCCAGGCCCGUCCCAACCUCGGCGCCAUAGCUCGGCGCGCUGCGACCGAGACCGGUGGAAAGACCAGCAAAGAGAGAGACGGCGUUUAUCGGCCUCCCAGGGUCGCCCCUACAGUGAUGCCCACCACUGAAAGGCGCGAGAAGAGGGAACGUGGCCCAAUGAAGUCAGCGACCAUGGACGAGUUUGUGGCCGACGAGCUAUCCACGGCGCCGGUUGCGCAGCCAAGUAUUGGCACAAAUAUCGCUCAAUUUGGCAGGAGACUCAAGACUGCAUCGGAGCGAAAGGAAGAAGACGAGCGUCGCGACUAUGAAGAGCGGAACUUUACACGGCUGCCCAAGGAAAGCAAGAAGGAGCGCGCUCAGAAGGCGGCGCGUGAUGGACGCAGUGGCCGCAUGGACUAUGGCGGCGAAGAGUGGCGAGAUCUCGGCAUGGGUGUCGACCGGAUUAAUAGGAUAACGAACAAGAAGGAAGGCGGAAGGAGCACGAAGGCUUUAUUGGAGAAGAGCCGCAAGAGAGGUCCCGACACUGUGGAUGGUCCCAGAGGCAGUGGAGAUACGGGCGAGAGGUACCAAAAGCGGCUCAAAGUUCUUGAAUCUGGUCGCCGGGACAGAGGAAAUAGGAGGUGA